AUGCGCUUUUUUUUCCCUUUCUUCGUCAACUUGAAGACUGAUGGGAAGAGACAGGAUUGCUCCUGGCUCUAUCCAGGUAUAAUGGUCGAUAGAGCUGAAUAUUUUCUCCCUUACCACGAGCCAGGUAUCAGGACGAUUCUUGUUCAAUCUUCGCUGAUCAAAGCCUUUGAUAGCUUGAUAUUUUGUGGCUUCAUUACCUGGGGAACCCCAGGAGCAAAAUGGCUAGACAUGAGCUCGCAAGACACCAUCGUUCAACUCGGAUAUUUGGGUGUUUUCCUAUAUUCAAUUAUUUUCAUUAGCUCACAGUUACAAAGGAGGAUUGGGCACCGACUUUCGGUCCCUGAGGGCGAAUAUCGCCCUGUCGGUGGCUGUGGCAGUUACAGGGGUAUGUUUCCCCAUGGGUAUUGCUUUGUGCUCCAGCCACUCGCCGAGGCAACGCCGCUUCAAGCGUUUGCUGCCGGUGCAGCACUAUGCUCUACUAGUUUAGGGACUACUUUUACCAUCUUAAAUACGAGCGGGCUGUUAUCCACCCGCCUUGGUACAGUAUUAAUUAUCUCUAAUCUCGGAAAAGCCAACGUAUCAUUUAACCCUGUUUCGGUUAUUAGGCCUCUUGCCGUGUCCUUCGGCUUAACUAUCACCGUCCCACUGGUAUGCAGGUUCAUCGUGAAGCCGUUGACCUUGAUGUUCAAUAAAAUAAGGCAAUCAAACACAGAUGGUUAUGUGAACAGGCCAUCUCGAAUGACUUAUACUCCUUUCAUCCUGCAUACAUUCAUAUUCUUUGGACUUGUAACUAGUGCUACCAUUGCGGGUACAUCCAACCUCUUUGCCGCUUACUUGGCCGGAGCCUCAAUUAGUUGGUGGGAUAGUGAGGUUUCUCAUCCAGAGGUGUCUACAAAGAACAAAUCAUCUACAUUUCUAAACUACAAUCCCAAAAUAGCACUGCUCUGGUGCAACCCUGACAGUUUUACAAGCAGCUGUCAUGUAUCCUUGAAAAAUGGCGGCUUGGAUAUAUAUCACAAAUAUUACGCUCCAGUUACAGCGUAUAUCUUGAAACCAUUAUUUUUCGUAUGUUUCCCAAUCAACGAUAUGUUCCAUAGCGAAACUGUAUGGAAAGGCAUUGUCUUUUCGAUUCUAAUGUUACUCGGUAAGGUAAUCACCGGUAUAUGGCUUAUGCGUUUGAAUAUAUCUUGGCCAAAGCCCUAUAUACCGAAGAGUAUCCGUUCAGUCAUGGCAGGCCCUGUGAUGUGCUUCAAGCGGACUUCGAAGGAGCAGAAGUGCAAAAGAGCACCAAUGGAUGAGGUAGGACAAGGCAGAAGGCCGAUUUCGAACAAUUCUGCGUCAGAGUCCUCCAAUCCCAAUUAUCCUUCAUCCACCCCUUCCAGAAUUAAAAAGCCACUAUCACUUUAUCCAGCAGCCAUGCUAGGCACAGCCAUAGUUUCUUGUGGCGAGAUAGGAUUUUUAAUAGUGUCUCUAGCUGAAACAAAUGAUCUUUUCAGUUCUCACGGAGAGUUAUAUCUGAUAGUUACUUGGGCCACUGAGUACAAGAAUAUUAACCAGGAGAGUCAGGAGACUAUAGAGGGAAAGGUAAAGAGUUCUAGGAGUAAUAGACCCUUUGGGGCAAUGGGGUAUUUAACAAAGUCAUUAAAGUCUCAUCAUAGGGUUAAAUAG